CUGCUUGUUCAUUUCCAGGAAUAGACUCGGAAGGGAAUUUAACCAUUACACAUCUUUCCAGAACCAGGUAAUAGGUUAUAUUUUUUCGUAUCAUAAGAUGAAAGGUGAGAUGCUUUUGUUGCGUUCCAAACAUUCCAUGGAAUAUACAUGUAAAACUGUUCACCGUCCCUAGAACUGUAUGCCAAUACAUUGACAUGCGGAAUGUUAGAAGCCAAAGUGGUUUUGCCUUUCAGACUCCAUACAUAGACUUUUUCAAAGCAAGUGCACAACCAUAAGAACUCGAGCGACCUUUAACGUUUGAGGAAAAUGUUUGAACAAGAUUUUUAAUAAAUACAAUCAUUUCAUCAACGUUGAAACGAAAUAGGUGCCUUGAAGAAUUGAGCGUUCUAUAGUUUCUGAAUUCAUGACAAACAGCGACCAAAGAAAUUUUUGCGAGGUGACUAUUUUUGAACACAUAAAUAUAAAUAUAAAUAUAAAGUUUUAAUGAAGUUUUUGAAGUUGCAUUGAGACGUACAUGCCCGAACUUGAAUCACAAACUUUUUUUUUCUUUGGUGCACACGUUGCAAGUACCAACAACUACAUGGGGUGGAAACAACUGGAGAUUGACAAAGCUCAUUUAGCAUACAUCGUUACUGGGAUUUUUAUAACUAUUUUUUGUUAUACAUCUAGUAUUAUUCGCGAACGGUUGUUGAUCGGUGAAGCAACUCUGGGCAGUAUUGUCGGUCUCAUCUUUGGACCACAUGCUGCCAAUUUAAUUAACCCAAAGUCAUGGGGAAAUAUGGAAUAUGUGACUAUUGAGAUAUGUAGGAUUGUCAUUAAUGUUCGGGUGUUUGCUUCUGGUGUGGAAUUGCCAGUCGCGUAUUUCCAAAAUCAUUUUCGCAGCAUCUUUAUAAUGCUGAGUAUGAUUAUGAUUUUUGGAUGGUUGGUUUCAGCUGGUUUCGCUUAUGCAUUGUUUCCGAAAGUUACGUUUUUAGGAUCUCUGCUUAUAGCGGGAUGUAUCACUUCAACAGAUCCAGUUUUGUCCGCCUUGAUUGUAGGAGAAGGCCCCAUUGGGAGGAGAAUUCCUCAAAAAAUCCGUGCAUUAUUAAUUGCAGAGUCUGGAUGUAAUGAUGGUAUGGCAGUUCCCUUCCUAUACUUUGCCUUGAAACUGUUGACUGUGAAGCCUUCCAAGGACGCUGGUCGAGACUGGGUGUUGUUGAUUGUGCUAUAUGAGUGUACAUUAGGGAUUUUCGUUGGGUGUGUACUGGGUGUGUUGUUGGACAAAUUGCUCAAGUGGUUUCAAAAGCUGAAAUUUAUUGACGCCAAUAGCUACUAUUCGUUGUCCUUUGCUAUUCCUUUGAUGUGCUCGGGUAUUGGCACUAUCAUUGGAGUAGAUGAUUUAUUGCUUUCGUUUUUUACAGGGGUAAUGCUUGCAUGGGACAAUGCGUUUGUUGAUAACAUGUCGGAAUGCUAUGUACCACCGUUCAUUGAUCAGACCUUCAACUUGUUAUUCUUUACAUAUUUUGGAAGUAUUAUCCCUUGGGAAAAAUUUAACUGGAUCCAGAUGGAGCUCUCUGUUUGGCGGCUUAUUGUAUUUACCAUUCUAAUUUUCUUCUUUCGGCGCAUUCCAGCUGUCUUGAUGUGUAAACCGCUGAUUCCAGACAUUGAUACAUGGAAAGAUGCCUUGUUUGUUGGUCACUUUGGACCUAUUGGCGUAUGCGCUGUGUAUAUGUCUUUUGUAGCAAAGUCCAUGCUUACACCAAACGAAAUUGAAGACUCGGUUUACAAAUCUACAGAAGAAUUUUACAUUCUUCAUGAAGUAUUAUGGCCAAUUGUUUGUUUUGUCAUCUUGUCGUCUAUCAUUGUUCAUGGGUUUAGUGUGCCGAUUCUUAUUUAUGGUGAGAAAUUGAAAAAUUUAUUGAUACGACGACACAAAGCGAACAAUCCCACGAUUCCUAUGCACGAAAUGCCUACUAAAUCGUCCAAGUCCACAUCUAAAUCCAAAGAAAAGAGUCCCUCAUAA